AAAACCACACCGAACCCGCCACCUCCGCCACCCCUGCUGCCCAGCGCCAUGGCCCUGGGCGCGGCGCGCAUCCCCGAGGAGGGGGCGCUGCCGGCGCUGACGCCGCGCGGCCGGAUCGAAGGAGGCGCUCCGAGGUCGGACGAGCUCGGCGAGAAGACGAACACCUCAGCGCCCGCCACGGCACAGGCGCCAGAGGCUUUACCGAAGCUCGAGAAUGUUUGGGUCAGGCCCAACACCCAGAGCACCACCUACUUGAGGCAGUACAUCAUGUCGGACUUGGAGCGCUGGCGGCAAGUCUUUCGCGAGGAGGCGCAGCGCUGCGUCCAGGAGCUGCGACAGACCGUGGAGGAAGGACGAGGCGAUGUGGGCAUGGCGGAAGCUGGAUUGGGCCUAGGUGCCGAGCUGCUGAGCCAGCUGGAGAGCGGCCGCCGGGCUGAGCAGGCGGAGACCGAGCGCUUGCGAAGCCACGUGGAGGAGCUGCUCCGCCUGAACAGCAGCCUGCGGCAAGCAUCGCUGGACCAGCUCAGCAGCAAAGAGAUCGGCAAGCUCAAAGGCUGCAUGGUGGAUCUCACCCGCGAGAUUCAGGAUUUAAUGGGCACCAAGCGCCAGGAGCACCCCAUGGAGUUGGCCAAGGUGGCGGCGGACGCGGCUUCCAGGGCCUUGAAGCAGAACCGGGAGGAGGUGGUGAAAGUGCUCCACUCCAACCUGGAGGCUCAGCAGAAGGUCUUUGAGGAGCGCUGGAAGAGCGAGGACGAGCGAUGGUCUGUGCUUGACCAAGAGGUGGCCCGGCUGCGAAGUCAGACGAAGGCGAUCGAGGAGAUGUCUGGACAGCUCUGGGAGGAAGUGGGCGAGCAGAUGAUCGAAAAGAUGGCCACGCGCUUGGAUGCUAUGAUGGAGGAGAAGCUCAAGUCAUUCUCUCGAACUGGUGGCGAGGC